CUUCCGUUAGUGUUUUCUUAAUACAUUUCCAGAAAGAAGUCGAUGUACUAGACAAGCACUGACGGCUGUUGAGGGUAAUAGGGAAGUCAAAUGAAACGAGACGUAAAGUAGAAACGUACAGCUGACGUAUUUUCCAGAUAGAGUUGUGCAGGUGAUUGUUCGCAAAGUGUGCUAGUGUAGAGUGGACAUCGAUUGUCAGAACAAUGGAAUACGUGUUGAUAAAAGAUAUACGGCCGGGCCAGAAAAACAUUAAUGUGGUGUUUAUUGUUCUGGAAGUUGGCCAUCCUACCAUCACCAAAGAAAACCGCGAAGUUCGAACAUUUAAAGUGGCGGACAGUACGGCUUGCAUGAACGUUUCAAUCUGGGACGAGCCUGGUCAACUUUUAGUACCGGGUGAUAUAGUUAGAUUAACGAAAGGAUACGCAUCCGUUUGGAGACAAUGUUUGACGUUGUAUUCUGGAAAAAAUGGGGACAUUCAGAAAAUUGGAGAGUUCUGUAUGGUUAUAAAUGAACAGUUGAAUAUGAGUGAACCAAAUCCUGCUUUGGCUCAGCAAAUGAUUAAUCAGAGUGGAUCUGGUCCACCUGGUAGUAACGUUAACAAUAACAUUACGAAUAAUGGAAAUGCAAAUAAUAUUGCUGGUCAACCUGGAAGACAACCAUUAGCAAUUCAAAGUAAUUCAACAACACCCGCUAGCGGCACAUCCGGUAGUUCUACAACAACAAAGAGUGGAAAUGGUAGUAAUGGUAGUAGUGGUACAAACAGUGGUAAUGCUUCAGGACUUCCAGGAGGAUCUGCGAGAUAUUCUGGUGAUUCAACAACGAAAACAACAGUUGCAACAAAAACUAAUUCUCGAGGUCGUGGAAGCUAUCGAAAUGGCGGGCGCAGUGAUCGUAGAUAACACACGAACAAAAAGCGGUUAAUUAUAUAUGUGUAAUAUGAAUAUGAAACUGAUUACAUUCAGGACAACU